AUGGACGUCACUGUCAAUAGUACGGUUCAAGUGGACGAUGGUUGCGACAUCCAAAUGAAGGCUAUGAACGGCAAGGAGGCGACACGAUACGACCAAACUAGCGACGAAGAAAACGAGAGCGAUGCUGAUGUGAUCGUUGUAGAUACUCAUGAUGAAAAGACGGUCUAUCAAGGAAUGGAUUUAAUUUUCUCGAUCGAGGAAAGCCCUCCGUGGUAUGCCGCUAUUUUGUUUGGAUUCCAGCAACAAAUGACGAUGUUCGGCGGUGCCAUGACAUACCCAUUUCUUGUGUCCAUAAUAAUAUGUGCUAGCCACGAUGGAAUGAUCACAGCCCGCAUAUUUAGUACACUCACAUUUAUUAUCUCUAUCUCAACCUUUCUACAAACAACGUUCGGGGUAAGAUUACCAAUAAUGCAAGGUCCUUCCACUGGUUUUUAUGUCCCAGCAUUAGUGUUUCUUUCACUGCCUGAAUGGGAAUGUCCAGCCCAUGAUGUAGAUAUUAUGAACUCUACUGCCAAUAUCAAUGAGACUAUAUAUGUUGACGUCAUAGGAUGGCAAACAAGAAUGCAAGAGAUUCAAGGUGCCAUCAUUGUGUCGUCGUGUGUCGAAGUGCUGUUAGGAUUAUUUGGUGUGAUGGGAUUUCUUUUACGUUUCAUUGGUCCUCUUACGGUGGGGCCAACCAUCGUAAUGAUUGGUUUAGGUAUCUACAGAGUGGCGGCUCUCUUCUCAAGCGGUCAUUGGGGAAUCUCCUUCCUUACAGCGGCUUUGAUUGUGUUAUUUUCUCAGUAUUUACGCCGGAUACCAGUGCCAAUACCAGUGUGGACAAGAUCAAAAGGAUGCCAUGUGAAAUGGCCAAUGCUGUUUAACCUGUUCCCUGUGAUCAUGGCAAUUAGUGUAUCCUGGUUUAUCUGCUAUAUCUUCACAGCGAGUGACGUCAUACCACAUGGAAAUCGGGCCCGAACCGAUUACAGCACAGCGUCGGUUGAGAAAGCGCCGUGGAUAUGGUUUCCAUUGCCAGGUCAAUGGGGAGCUCCGAGAUUUAGUUUCGCGUUGGUGGUUGGGAUGAUCACGGGUGUGCUUGCAAGUAUAGUAGAAUCCAUCGGAGACUACUACGCAUGCGCUAGACUGAGUGGCGCUCCUUCCCCGCCACCACACGCCGUAAACCGCGGUAUUGCCAUGGAAGGAUUAUGCUGUAUUUUGGCGGGAAUAUGGGGUGCUGGCGUUGGUGUGACGUCAUACACAGAAAAUAUUGGGGCUAUCGCUAUUACCAAGGUUGGAAGCCGGCGUGUGAUGCAGUGGACUUCGCUAGUUUUGCUCGUGAGUGCAGUGAUUGGUAAAGUGGGCGCAGCUCUCUCGACACUCCCACUGCCCAUCGUAGGUGGCGCUCUAAUUGUUAUACUCGGAAUCAUCACUGCUGCUGGGGCAGCCCAUCUUCAGUUUGUCGAAAUGAAUUCUUCCAGAAAUCUCUGCAUUUUCGGUGUAGCUAUAUUUUGUGGUGUUAUGAUUCCAGAUCACAUUGAAUCUAAUCCAGAUAUUAUCGACUUAGGUAGUAAGCUUGCAGAUCAAAUUAUUACAGUAUUGCUAAAAACGGGUAUGUUCGUGGCUGGUGUCAUUGGGUUUCUACUUGACAAUACUAUACCAGGUACUCCACAAGAGCGGGGUAUAAUACGAUGGAAACAGUUAGACGUUACCCAGUCACGUGGGCAAACCGAAGCAAUAAGAAAAUGUUACGAUUUACCAUUUUGCUCAACCAGAAUUCGUAACAGACGUUGGUCCUACUUUGUGCCGAUUUGUCCGGGGUUCAUGGACAAAUAA